AUGUAUUUUUUGAAGGCAACAACACUAUUAAGUGCUCUUGGGAGACAACCUGGCUUUUCUGUUUAUUCAUUAUUUAAAAAUACAAAAAGGCACUUAUUGGUAAUUGAGAUUAAACCUAAGAAUGAAGAUUGUAAUAGUGAUCUGGUGAAAUUAGCAAAUGAGAUGAAGGAUAUCAUAGAUAAAUACAUAGAUGAUAAUAUAAUUGGUAAUCAAUGUAGUGUUUAUGCAAUGGAUUUAAAAUAUGAUGGUAUUUAUUAUUAUAGACUGAUUUUGUUGGAUAAGUUUUUUUUACCACGAAAUUGUUAUGAUCUCGGUGUAAUCCCAGCAUCAAUUGAAGCAUUAACAGUAGUCAAAGCAAUAAUUACAAAAUUGAGAUUACAAAAAGAAAACUUAGAAGUAGUAAAGUAUAAAUUAACUAAGGGAAAAGAAAGAAUUGAAAAAGAUUAUAAAAACCUUGAAAAUAACAUUGCUGAAUUAGUUUCAAAAUAUUAUGAGCCAACUGAUGAAGAAAUAAAAACAGAUAAAGAUAAUUGA